CAAGAAGGGAGUGGGAGAAGAGAGGAAGAAAUCCUCUUGCGGCCAUGGCGGAAGAGGGGAAACCAGAUGCCCAGCUCUUCGAUCUCCUGUCAACGCUUCUCCAGCAGGUGGAGUCAUUGAGCAACCAAGAGGAAGUUGAACUGCGUGCAAAAAUAGAAGCACUUGGUUUGGAAGUCACUAAGGUACCAUCAGAGCAAUCUAAACAUCUUAAUGAGUUGGAAAUAGCUGCUGAGCUGGACAAGUUGUCGGCCAAGUUAGAUGAUGUUGACAAGAUGAUAUCUUCGGCAAUGGCUGAUGACCCACAGGUGCAGUCCCUGCUGAGCAGCACAGCAGAUGUUUGGAUGCCUGUAAUCACAGCUACUGCUGACCAAAGACGAGAAUUUUCUGGAUCAACUGAUGAGGAUAAUCAUGAAGAGCAGCAAUAAUAUCACCAAGCAUCAAUCCUGUCAUAUAAUAAGUGGUUUGGUUCAGUUAUUUAAUCUAUUCCUCAAGCUCCAAGAAGCAGAAAUUUGAAAAUAUUCCUUCGGUUUUACUCAGAGCACAUUUCUUAUAUAGUUCAAUCAACUAAAUUUAUAUGAAUGACAUUGUUUCUUGUUCGUCUACUCUUCAUUUCUAUCUGGAAUGUACUCUGUGCUACAUGUUUCUUUCACCUAUAUCAUUGCAUAUUGUUAUGUCUUCAUAUUUUAGGAUUGCAUUCAUCUCCAGCUUAAACAGUUCAUCUGCUUUAUCAGGUAUGAAGUCUGUUCUCUCUGUGAUUUGUUCCAUUUUGUCGAUGAAUCUAAACAUUCUUUUCUCAUAUAUGAUCCAGUUUCUCAGAUGUUGAUUGCAAUGGUGUGGCAAAUAUGAAGCACGCUGCUAAGGUAUGUUCUUUGAGGUGGGAAUGCUUGUGGAAAACAAAGUCUAUUGACCAAGAACAAGCCAAGUUCAAACACGGCCAGUAAUUGGCUGCCAUGAAAGCAGAUCGACUCCAACUCAAACUCAAACUCAAAGAAGUCAAAGAUUUUGGCUGCCCACUUGUGAACUUCAUGCAAAGACAUGGAUCUAUGUUCUUCUCCUCACCAUUGUUCAGGCAACCUUUCCUUUUCUCCUUUAUUUUUAUAUUACUACCUUAGCUGAAUAGUAAUGGGGUGUGCAACUCCCAGGAAACUCAUUUUUGACAAGAAGAGAUGACUCUCUUUUUCCAUCAUUAAUGCAAUUAGCUUAGCUUGAUUUU